AUGUGGCUCUUUGCAAUUGAAUAUCCCCAAGAACAGAAGUUGGGAUACUGGGGAGAUAUCACCUCUACCAUCGACUGGUGUGAGGAAAACUACGUGGUGUCAGACUAUGUCGCUGAGUUUCUCAACACCACCACCAAUGCCGUAUUUAUCCUAUUGGCCCUCUUUGCUAUCUAUCAUGCGCGACAGAACAAGCUCGAGUGGCGGUUUAUCUUCACGGGACUUGGGUUCUUACUCGUGGGAAUCGGGUCUUGGUGGUUCCAUAUGACGUUGAAAUACCACUUUCAACUCUUGGAUGAAUUACCCAUGAUCUAUGCCACUUGUGUACCCUUCUGGUCGGUGUUUAGUGAGUUCAGAAACCCGAAGGAUUCGGUGAUGAUUGGCGUGGGCAUCUUUAUGGGUGCAAAUUUAUUGACGUUGAUAUACGUCUGGUUCAAAGACCCUACUUUGCAUCAGGCAGCAUAUGGGAUAUUGAACUUUGUGAUCAUCUUCAAAUCAUUCAGAUUGACUGAAAAAUAUGUGUCAGAUCCGGUAGCUCGGUCAAACAUGCACAAGACCAUGUCCUUGGGAAUAGGGUUGUUUUUGUUGGGAUACAUUUUUUGGAAUUUGGACAUUCACUUCUGCUCAUCCAUUCGUCUGAUCCGAAGAAACGUGGGAAUUCCGUACGGCUUUGUUUUAGAGGGACAUGGCUGGUGGCACGUAUUCACUGGGUUGGGAGUGUAUUACUAUUUGGUGUACGAAGAAUAUUUAAGGUGCUUUUUGACUAAAACCGAAAGGUUUUACCACUUCCAGUGGAAGUUUGGUCUCCCUGUUGUCUACUGCCAUGACAAGGAUGGGUUGGCCAAGUUUAGAAAUGCUAAGCAUGACUAG